AUGAGGAGCGCUCGGGUUGUCUUUCUUAUUCUUGGUGCGGCAGCAAGUUGCGAAAUCCUGCACGAUAGGGGAUCUCGAUGCAUCCUUACCGAAGAUGCAGCCCUAGGCGUGAAGCUAGUCAUCAAUUACGAUGCGGCGAACACGCCCGAGGAUUACGUGCACCGAAUAGGUCGCACGGGCCGCGCCGGGGAGAAGGGCAUCUCGUACACAUUCCUAGUGCGAGAUGACCCAACUGACGUCAAGAAAGCAAAAGCCAUCUUAGAUGUCAUGCAAACGGCAGAUCAGGCAAUACCUGAGGAGCUCCGACUGCUAGUCGGGGUGAAGGCCUCCAAAGGUGGCGGCAAGGGAGGCAAAGCCCACAAGGGGGGCGGCAAGAACGGCGGAAAAUCGGGCAAGGGCAGCUUCAAGGGCAAAGGCGGUGGUAAUUACGCUCGCUCUGGCCCUCCCCCUGGUCCUCUCGCCGGCGUCGCGCCCAUGCAGGGUGGCCUCAUGGGCGGCUACGGCGGCAGCGUUUGCGUGCCUUUCGCGGGCACCAUGGCCGUGAGUGUGAUGGCGCCGGAGAUCCUGAGCCUGGCAGGCUACAACGCUGUUGAUCUGGCCAGUGGCAGUGGCUUCCCGGCUGAGGGCAGCUUCACCGGUCUGGACCUCUCUCUGUUGGAAGGUGAGGUGGACGAGGACGCUGUCCAGCAGUCCUUGCAGUUUACCAGGCUGUCCGGCAAGAAGGCGAAUCUUCGUCUCGCCCACGUCGAUCUUGGGAGCGGCACAGAUGCCGAGCAGCGAAUGUUCGAUCUGAGAGCUGAGCGCGAGCUCCGAAGCACGGAGAGGGCCGUGCAUGUCGGAAAGAAGAGUGAGUCUGCCAAGCAGAAGGACUUCGCGGUAUCGGCCCAAAUGAGGCGUGAUGCGACUGCUGGUAUCGAGGCAGCCGAUCAGAGACUUGCGGAGAUCGAUGCGGAGCUACAGGAAUUAGAGACUCUCCAGUCCUCAUUUUCCUGGUUCCAGCUCUUCUCGCAGCUGCAAGCCCAGUCCGUGAAUUACGUCGGCCACCUUGACCUCAGCAACUGCGGUCUUCAUGCAACAGCUAUUGAGCUCUUGCAAAAGGUGCUCUUGGAUCUUGAACACAGAGGGGAUGGCUAUGCCGUCGAAGAGCUUGUGCUUGACAGCAACGACCUGGGUGAUGCCUCCACGGUAGCUCUUGCAUCCCUGAUCCGCCUGUCGUCUCGAAUCCAGGUCCUCAGGCUCCGAAACAUUGGCAUCACAGAUGGAGGAUUCUCCCAGCUGAUCUCCGCCAUCGUUGGCAACAAAAGCUUGUGCUUGCUGGACCUCCGGGGAAACGGGUUGUGCACCCUUGAGAACAGCAAGGUAGUGGUUCAAGGCCUGCGGCGCUUUAACCAACUUGUACAGAUCCUGGUGGAAUAG